UAUCCAUCAGAACGGUGUACAGAUUCAGGGCCCAAAUGCAUCUAUCUCUGUUCAUUCAAUCUUCGCCGUCCGAUUCCCUCUCUGCUCCUCAAUCCAACGGUCCAAAUCCAAUCUGACGUCUUCUCUCAACCACCAGAUUCUUCUCUCCCCUUCCGUCGAAAACUCCGUGGAAUCGCCGAAAUCAAUAGGAGAGAGAAAGAGAUAGACAGAGAAACACGAGAUCAGAUCUCCGAUCUCCGCCUCCGUCUCGGCCGGCCGCCACCGUCGUCGAAGCAUUCUCUCCUCCUCCUUUUUCCUUGCCGGAGUAGUGUCCGUCGUCGCCCAGACGUCUUUCGGACUUCCUCUUGUCGUUGGUCGAUCCGAGGAAACCCUAGAGAAGCUGCUGUCUUCGAGAGGGAUAACAUCUUUUGAUUCCUUAUCUUCUGGCAUCUUAUGUGCAUAUUCGCACAGAAGAAAGAAAACAUAUUACUUGUACUUGCACGGAACUACUCUUCACUGUUUAUGACUAUACAUAAGCGAUGGGUUCUCGAGGAAAACUGCUAUUUGAUCUUAAUGAGCUUCCUGCGGAAGAUGGUGAUGGGAAUGACCAUGUAAUUUGCAGUCAACCUCAAAAGGUUAUUCCAUCUGCAAACCCUAAUACCUCUGGUAUGCUUGCAACACCGGAUAAUGCUCAAAAUAUUGUAAACAUUCGUGCAUUCUCGCAUGCAUCAACAGUUUCUGGUUUUCAGCCUUUUGUCCGCCCUAAGGCUGCACAACAUCUGGAUGUAUCAGUUCAGCAAAGAAAGGAAGAGGAUACAAUCAAGGCUACAGUAUCUUUGUCAUCAUCAAGGCCAGACACAUGUGAGGAAACAAAAGUUGCAUCAUCAAUAGUUUCUAGUACAACUGCAGUUGAAACCUCUGAGAGAGAGGAAGGAGAAUGGACUGAGUCUGAGGCUCCUGAUAAUGAGCAUGUACAUAAUAACUCUGAUUCUAAGGGUAUGUCACGAGAACAGGGGAUGCCUGAAAGUGGUGCCUUUUCUGAUAAUACCCCAGUAGGAUUAGAUCAUGAUCAAAGCUCUGGUCUUCAAAAGAGAAACACCAACCAUAUUUCAGAAGGCAGUGCUAAAGACAGUGUUGAUGGUCCUCAAGAACAGGGUUUGACCAUGAAGCAGAGAGAUAUCAAAGGUGUUGAAGCAAGCCACACAAUCAAGUGUGCUAACACCACUGUCAAAAGAAAGAUGGAUCAGCAUAAAGAAGCAAUGUUGGGGAAGAAACGGAAUAGGCAGACCAUGUUUUUGAAUUUGGAAGAUGUCAAGCAAGCUGGUCCUAUUAAAACAUCAACACCUAGAAGACAGAAUUUCCCACAACCCGUCAUCACACGCACAGUCAAAGAACCUCGGGCAGGGCCUCCUGCUGCUGAGCAUGAUGGUGAAAGUCAGAGUCAUGUCUUAAAUAGAGAUAAAACACCAAUUGAUGCUCCCUCAAAUGGAGGUCUUCAUGAAUCAUCUGAACUGAAGUCCGAAUGCAACGGCGAAUCAUAUUCGGGAUUACUUGGUAGACCUAGGAGGCUGAAUGGGGAUACAGGACCUUCUGCUGAUGUGACAGUAACAUCUGUUUCGAGGCAGGGUUCAUGGAAGCAUCCAACAGAUUCAAGGAAGCCCAAGAUUGGCCAGUACUCUAAUAGACAAGUACCCUUAAGUAGCCAAAGUUCUAUAGACUCAAAAUUGGGAAACAAAAAGGUUGUUCUUUCCAAGAAGCCAGCCACAGCUAGUACACAAUAUCAGGAUACCUCGGUGGAACGUCUUAUACGGGAGGUCACCAAUGAAAAAUUCUGGCAUCAUGCAGAGGAUACUGAGCUCCAAUGUGUUCCUGGGCGGUUUGAAUCUGUGGAUGAGUACGUCAGAGUUUUCGAACCUUUACUUUUUGAGGAAUGCCGGGCACAGCUUUACAGCACAUGGGAAGAGAUGACUGAAGCAAAUGCAUAUAUGAAGGUCCGAAUAAAGUUCGUAGAAAGAAGAGAGAGAGGAUGGUACGACGUAAUACUUCUCUCAGUUAACGACAGUAAAUGGCCUUUCAAGGAGGGGGAUGUUGCUGUUCUCUCAAAUCCUGUUCCAGACUCAGAUGAGGAGCGUGAGGAUACUGGGCGUGUAGCUGGUACAGUUAGGAGGCAUAUACCGGUUGAUACCCGUGAUCCUCCUGGAGCAAUUCUUCAUUUCUAUAUUGGAGACUCUUAUGAUAGCGGCAGGAUGGAUGAAAAUCAUAUUUUGCGAAAGCUUAAACCUAAGGAGAUCUGGCGUUUGACAGUGCUGGGUUCGCUUGCAACGACACAGAGAGAAUAUGUUGCGCUGCAUGCAUUUUCUCGUCUUAAUCCACAGAUGCAAAAUGCAAUUCUCAGGCCCAGCCCGGAGCAGUUUCCUAAUUACGAGGAGCAGACCCCUGCAAUGCCUGACUGUUUCACACCGAACUUUGUUGAUCAUUUGCAUAGGAGUUUUAACUCUCCCCAGCUGGCAGCAAUCCACUGGGCAGCAAUGCAUACAGCCGCAGGUACUGGUAGUGGGAUAAAGAGGCAAGAUCCAUGGCCGUUUACUCUUGUUCAGGGCCCUCCAGGAACGGGCAAGACGCACACGGUUUGGGGAAUGUUGAAUGUUAUCCAUUUGGUUCAGUAUCAACACUACUACACUUCUUUGCUGAAGAAACUAGCGCCUGAGAGCUAUAAACAGGUUAAUGAGAGUAGCUCAGAUAAUGUUGUAGCAGGAUCGAUUGACGAAGUGCUACAAAACAUGGACCAGAAUCUGUUCCGUACGCUACCUCAACUCUGCGCGAAGCCGCGGAUGCUUGUUUGUGCUCCUUCAAAUGCCGCAACUGAUGAGCUUCUUUCACGUGUCCUCGAUCGUGGGUUCAUCGACGGAGAAAUGAAGGUAUAUCGCCCGGAUGUGGCUCGAGUGGGCGUCGAUUCUCAAACUCGAGCUGCUCAAGCUGUUUCUGUGGAGCGAAGAAGUGAGCAGCUACUCGCUAAGCCUCGUGAGGAAAUUCUAGGACACAUGCAAUACCUGAGACAACGUGAGGCUGCACUAUCUGUACAGAUAGCUGGACUUAAAAGGGACCUAACUGCUGCAGCCUUUGCAACUCGAUCUCAAGGAUCUGUUGGAGUUGAUCCCGAUGUUCUUAUGGCUAGGGACCAGAACAGAGAUGCAUUGUUACAGACCCUUGCCGCUGUGGUCGAAUCCAAAGAUAAAGUCCUUGUCGAAAUGUCUCGCCUUCUCAUUGUCGAGGAGAAAUUUCGCGCUGGUAAUAAUUUCAACCUUGAAGAAGCUCGUGCGAAUCUAGAGGCAAGUUUCGCAAAUGAAGCUGAGGUUGUUUUUACUACCGUAUCGAGUAGUGGCCGGAAAUUGUUCUCUCGUCUCACCCAUGGCUUUGAUAUGGUGGUCAUUGAUGAGGCUGCUCAAGCUAGUGAGGUCGGAGUUCUUCCUCCCCUUUCACUUGGUGCCGCACGUUGUGUUCUUGUCGGUGAUCCUCAGCAGCUUCCUGCCACGGUUAUCAGCAAGGCUGCUGGUACACUUCUAUAUAGCAGAAGUCUCUUUGAAAGGUUUCAGCAAGCAGGAUGCCCGACAUUGUUGUUAACCGUUCAAUAUAGGAUGCAUCCUCAGAUCCGUGAUUUUCCUUCGAGAUACUUCUACCAAGGACGCCUUAGUGAUAGCGAAAGCGUUGCCAAUUCUCCCGAUGAGGUUUACUACAAAGACCCUGUACUUAGACCGUACCUUUUCUUCAAUAUCAGCCAUGGACGGGAGUCGCAUAGAGGUGGAUCCGUGUCUUAUGAGAACGUCGAUGAAGCACGCUUCUGUGUCGGGCUGUACAUGCAUCUUCAGAAAACGCUGAAGGCGAUGGGCGCUGCCGGGAAAGUUUCGGUUGGUAUAAUAACACCGUACAAGCUGCAGCUGAAAUGCUUGAAACACGAGUUUGGGAAUGCGUUGGGUCAAGAGGAACUGAAAGAGCUGUAUAUAAAUACCGUGGACGCAUUCCAAGGCCAAGAACGUGAUAUCAUAGUGAUGUCGUGUGUGCGUGCUUCUAACCAUGGUGUCGGGUUCGUUGCAGAUGUCCGCCGCAUGAACGUCGCUCUUACCCGAGCGAGAAGGGCUCUAUGGGUGAUGGGAAAUGCAGCGGCGCUAGUGAAAUCAGACGAUUGGGCUGCAUUGAUAAACGAUGCCAAGGCCAGAAGCUGUUUUAUGGAGAUGGAGUCACUUCCCAAGGAUUUCCCAGUACCGAAAGGACCACCACCACCUAACUAUAGCCAGAAGGUGCCUAAUGCGAGAGGGGCCCGAUCUGGGGGUGGGCCAAGAACAAGAGCUAAUGAAGACGAGGAGAGGAUGGGGUUUCCGAGAAACGGGAAUUUUCGAAGGGAGAAGUCGUUGGAUGAUUUGGAUCAACCGGGGGAUAGAUACAGAGAUGCGUGGCAGCAUGGGAUACAGAAGAGGCAAAACUUCGGAGGACGGCCGGCAUUGGGGAAAAGAGACCAAUAAAUAAUCAUCCUCUGAAUUGAUUUCUGACUCAAAUCAAUUAAGGAAGUCUUUUGGCCAAAAGCAACUCGGAGGACAACGUAAACGAUCAUCGGCGCCUGUAGAGGGUCAGGAAACCAUAAAACCGUGAAAGCUGGCCCCAAUCCAAUGCAUGCGGUUCAUGCGACGAAGAUGGUCACAGUCGAAAGCCGUGCUGGCUUCGUCGGGAGGGGAUGGGGAAGGGCCUUGUCUGGUCGCCGGAAUAAGUCAGAAAGAGGCUCUCUGUCAGUCCGCACAAGUGGGGAGAUAAGACGCAGAAAGACGAAUGUUCUGGUCGGGGGGCAAAAGGUACAGAAGUGGAGAAACAAAAGCAAUAAGGGUGGGUGGGGAUAUGGAUAAGAUUCUCCCACUCUCACAUGAUAGAUAGUAGAUACAUCACCUGACUGCACACCAAAGGGCGCAGUCUUUCUUUUGUUUCUUUUUUAAGUUCCGAAAUCCUUGAUGUUGUUGAUAGUUGAAUAACAAUUAAAUUUUUUACACGGAUCAUUUUGACUACA